UCAUCAUGAGUCCAUUGAUAUGUGUGUUAUUCCUAGUGGUUGCUGCUGCAGCUUACGACUAUGUCGGUAAUCCUAAAACUGUAGUUCUGAAGCAUUCAGCCUUGGGUGACGUGUAUGGUAUCGGGUCCCCGUCUGUUGUUAGUUACUCGGAUUACUUUAGCAAAUAUCAUGGAUUCAAAAUCAGUGACAGUAGAUUUACUUUUGGAGGUAUAGGAUACAAACUGAGCUGUGACUCACAACGAUUUUACAAUUUAUGGGGUAAUUGCUGGUCUAUAUAUCAUAGCAGAAGUGUCUGUUUUGAUCGACUCAGGAAGCAAAGUCUCUUUGUAGUUUAUCCCGGAGGUAACAACUUUGACGAUGGGGCCGUGGUAGUGAAGAAUGGAGUUUACGGUAACGAUUACGAUAUCGGGGUAGGGUCUGUUGUAAGUUAUGGUGAUUACUUCAACAAAUACCAUGGAUUCAAAAUCAGUGAUAGCAGAUUUUCAUACGGCGGACAUGCAUACACACUGAAAUGUGGACUACAAAGAUUUUACAACUUAUGGGGUAAUUGCUGGUCUAGUUAUCAUAGCAGAAGUGUCUGUUUUGGACGACUCAGGAAGCAACAUCUCUUUGAUGUCUACUCCGGAGAUGAAGUCUAUGGUGACGAUUACGAUGUUGGUGUAGGUUCCGUAGUAAGUUAUGGUGAUUACUUCAACAAAUACCAUGGAUUCAAAAUCAGUGAUAGCAGAUUUUCUUACGGAGGUUCAGCUUACACAUUAACAUGUGGACUACAACGAUUUUACAACUUAUGGGGUAAUUGCUGGUCUAGUUAUCAUAGCAGAAAGGUCUGUUUUGGACGACUCAGGAAGCAACAUCUCUUUGAUGUUUACUCCGGAGAUGUAGUCGAUGGUGACGAUUACGAUGUUGGUGUAGGUUCCGUAGUAAGUUAUGGGGAUUACUUCAACAAAUACCAUGGAUUCAAAAUCAGUGAUAGUAGAUUUUCAUACGGAGGUUCAGCUUACACCUUAACAUGUGGACUACAACGAUUUUACAACUUAUGGGGUAAUUGCUGGUCUAGUUAUCAUAGCAGAAGUGUCUGUUUUAGUAGACUCCGGAAGCAACAUCUCUUUGAUGUUUACUCAGGCGAUUAUGACUACGAUGGCAGUGCUGUGAAAACUGUUUUGAAAAAUGGUCUAUACUAAAACGAAGAGUACAGAGUAUCAAGUUAAUUUAAAUGACAAUAAAAUCAUUUCAAUGUUGAA